AUGAGUGGACUACCACAGAGAAGACUUUCGCAACGCUCUCGACGCCCAGCUAUCACCAGGGCUCUCGACUACUUAAGCGGUGAAGGCCUAUCAUCGCCAGUAAGAAAUAGUAAAUUUGAUAUAAAGCAUUUAGGAACCUCUUGAGCCCAGUGGUGAUGGAGACAACUCCUUCGAUACACUACCUCCCGCAGACGACACCAUAACCGAAGGUAAGAUCUAAUUCAACUUAUACAUUAUCCGUAGUCCGGCGUGAACCAUCACUUAGUGAUCGAAUGGCGGACCUUGAGCACACAAUUGAAGUAAUGUGCCAACAUUUGGCACGAAUGUCACGAAACCAGGAGUUAAUCUUGGAAGGUAUCCGCCGUCUGGUGGGCGGUCAACGGGACUUGGAGUCAGCUGUUUCUCGACGGCCGACUACCAAUACCACGGUUGCCUCUAGACUUCCCAUUAAUCCCAUAGGCAGCCCUUUAAGAACAGUGGCGGAUUUCCGUGCACUAAACGCGAAACUUGCGGACAGUGAAGUUCGCAGUCAAUUGGUAAAGGCAGGCAAAUUUCAUUAUUACGUUUAUUAGGUUGCCUAUCUGGCCUGCCUUGGCGGUCGUUCACUGGACGACUUCACCAAGAGAGUGUAUUAUGCCCUAUUCGUGGAUGACAUCAGUCUCCACAUAAACUUCAAAGGGCGGAAAAUGAAGGAAGGGCUAUCUGAUUCCCCAACCUACGGAGUGAUCAAAGGUAUGUUCUCACUCAUUUUUGAUCACUGUUCUAUCCACAGAGGUCUUUGGCAUUUGGAAUGGAGACGGUAAGGCAACCCUUGCCGAUCUCGAGGUGUCCGUUACAAAAAGGCUUAAAAGAUCACUUGACAGCCUUUCAAAAAAGAUGCAAAAGAAUAUAAACGACACACAGGCCAGCGGUAAGUGUUCCUCAAUUACCAAUUAUACACUACUCUUUAAUGUAGAUCCAAAACCGGGAACUUCUACGGGCAGCUGCACAAGUUCACUGACGGAUAGCCCUAAUAAAGAACAAUGA